CCGCGGGAGUUCGGCAGCUCCGGUCGCCAAGGCAACGGGCUCCGCUGCGCUCGGCGGGCGCCAGGCAGCCCGGGGGAGGCGCUGCGGGCCAGCGGCCCGGGCUCGGCUGGCGGCGGGACGGCAGGAGACGCGGAGAGAGGGAGAGAGAGAGGGCACGAGAGAUCCUGCCUGCACCCCUGGCCCGCUCUGCUAAUCUUGCUUAACCCUCGGAAGGGAGGCGUUCUGAAUGCUGGCUUCUUAAAUUCGACCUUCCCUUCUGACUGAGGACCACUGGACUUUGAAGGAACUCUCUGCUCUUAAUUUCCAUAUUGAUUAGUCAACAGUGGAAAAUCUGAAGAGAUGCGAGCUGGAAAAAGAAACUAAACCAGGCCCUGGUUGAGAAUCUGAGGAUGGAGCAGCCAGAAGCAUAUGGUUCAGCUGCCAGGAUUAGGCCUUUCAGUCUGGCCUGGUGAAAAUCCAGACAGGAGUACCAGUUCUCAUGGAGCCAACGGUCUAGCUGGAGGAAAAGGACUGAGGAGAAGGGGCUCGGGAGCUGGCGUGGCCUGCCCAGUGUCUCCUUCCCACCGGCAGGCCUGAAGAGCGAUGCGACAGGCAUGAUGGAGGUCGAGUCCUCCUACUCGGACUUCAUCUCCUGUGACCGGACGGGCCGCCGGAACGCAGUCCCUGACAUCCAGGGAGACUCCGAGGCCGUAAGCGUACGGAAGCUGGCUGGCGACAUGGGCGAGCUGGCCCUCGAGGGUGCAGAAGGACAGGCGGAGGUGGGCACCCCAGACAAGGAAGGCAGCAAUCAGCCCAAGAGCAGCGAUGGGACCACCUCAUCUUGAACAUGACCUUGCCCGAGGAGGCUGGAAGAGAGACGCGCCGUGGACGGAAAGCCCUGGCACUGGCCCGGCAGCCUUUCCUCUGAGCAAUGUGUUCCAGGCAAGCCAGGCCAGACUGAAAGGCAGCCCCAGAGGCUCCCGUGGCCCCUACCCUGGGAAGGCCCUCUGCCCACACCCCCAGGCUCCACGCUCCCACCACCUCCUCACUCGCCCGGGGUACACUUUCAAGACACUGUAACCACAGGAUGUUAUUUAUUCAGCAGGUGCUGGGACUCGGGGGCUGGGUCCUGCCACCUGGGUGAACAGCCUGGGCAGGGACCGCAUUCUAGCUCUGCCCCCUCUUCUCCAACCCAGCCAGCCUUCUGUGUCAGGACCUUCUUACCCCUUUUUUAAGAAGCACUUUUAAACUUUUUAGAAACUUUAAACCUUUUCUCAGCAGAGAGGGAGGGAGCUGACAAUUUACCUUUUAUUUUGGAAGCCAUCGUAAGUUAAACUUUUUGACCAUCUAUGCAGCUCUGAGGUUCCCUCAUGGAGCUUCACAGAUCUAUUUUUAGGGAAGGGAUCUUGUGCUCAAAACUCUCUGAUUAACUCUUUGCCCUUUCUACCAAGAUAAGUGACACCUAGGACCCAGGAAAUAAAUGCUGAUGAUUUGUGUGA